UAUCAUAUAAUAUGUCACAACCCCUCAAAAAGCGAGCAAAACAACAUCUAAAAUUGCAUAUAUUUCAUAAAUAAAUUGUUUACAUUUUUGUUAUAUCCAAGCGAAAUGGCGGAAUCUGAUUCGGGAGAAAGUACUUCGUCGGUGUCCUCGUUUAUAUCCCGCUCAUCGUCGUCUUCGCGAUUGAGUGAGUUUGUGGACGCCAAGUCAGAGCUGCAGGAUAUAUAUCACGAUUUGAGUAACUACCUGUCCAAUUUCCUAACCCUUUUGGAGGACAGUGUCCUGUUAAAAGAUCGGCAAAUGCUGGAGCACCUGUGCGCCUUCUCAAGCAGAGUGGAGGCCAUCGCAAAGAUACUUUCGCGUGAUCGAAUGAAGGUGGCAUUUUUUGGACGCACCUCAAACGGAAAGAGUGCCGUGAUCAAUGCCCUUUUGCAUGAAAAAAUCCUGCCCAGCGCCAUGGGCCACACCACCAGUUGUUUUUGCCAAGUGCAGGCUAAUGGCUCGGAUGAAACCGAGCACGUAAAGGUCGAGCAGGAGGAUGAGCAUAUGGAACUGAGUGCCCUAAGGGAACUGGCCAGUGCACAUUCUCCAGGUGCCCUGAAGCCCUCAACUCUGCUGCAGGUCAAUAUGGCCAAGAACCGAUGCACGAUCUUGGACUACGACGUGGUUCUGAUGGACACACCUGGAGUGGAUGUAACAGCGCAACUGGACGACUGCCUAGAUAGCUACUGCAUGGAUGCGGAUGUUUUCAUCCUAGUUCUCAAUGCCGAGUCCACUGUUUCGCGCGUGGAAAGGCAGUUCUUCAAGGACGUGGCAUCCAAGCUCUCGCGUCCAAAUCUCUUUAUACUCAACAAUCGAUGGGAUAAGGCCAGCAGUAUGGAGCCGGAAAUGGAGCAGAAGGUAAAGGAUCAGCAUAUGGAACGCUGCGUUAAUCUGCUAGUGGAUGAGUUAGGUGUUUAUUCCACGGCGCAGGAAGCCUGGGAAAGGAUCUAUCAUGUGUCAGCACUGGAGGCGUUGCAUAUAAGGAAUGGUCACAUUAAGAAUCCCUCGGCACAAACAAAAGAGCGAUAUCAGGAGUUCCUGCGUUUCGAAAAUGAUUUUUCGAAUUGCCUUGCGGUGUCAGCGUUAAAAACCAAGUUUGGGCCACACUUGCUCAGUGCGCAGAAGAUUUUAAACCAGUUAAAAUCCACGCUGAUAAGCCCUUUCAUAGAGAAAGUAAGUCGUCUUAUAGAUGAGAAUAAGGAGAGAAGAGCAAACUUGAAUGCGGAAAUAGAAGAGUGGGAAUUAGAAAUGCAAGAUGAAAGGGAAGACCUUCAAUACUGCUUCGAAGAACUGACUGAAAUGACACAAAGAUUAGGUCGGUGCGUAUUAAACGACCAGAUAAAAACGUUAAUACCCUCGGCUGUGCUAUCAUUCUCGCAUCCAUUUCACCCGGAGUUCCCAGCACAAAUAGGCCAGUACCAACGCUCUUUAUGUGCCCAUUUGGAUAAUCUUCUUGAAGAUCGAGUCCUCCAAUGUCUCUCCAUACCGCUACAGAGAAAAAUACUAGAUAUGGAGAAAGAAAUGGGACUUCAGAUCACCGAGAAAUCUUGCGAUUGGCAACUUAUCUACGGCCUGGAUUGCCAAUCCUAUAUGAGUGACUUUCAGCCAGAUCUUAGGUUUCGGUUUUCCUUGGGCUUUACUGCCCUGUGGCAUCGUCUUGAAGGAAACCUACCAUUGCACGCAAGUCCAUUUCGAACUCAAAAGUUACGCAAUGGUCACAAGAAAUGUUUGCCCCUGCCUCCCUUAGUUCACGGAAACCAUUGGCAGAUGCUGGAAUCUUUGGUUAAGUCCAAAGGCAGCCUUGGAACCGUUUUGCUGGGCGCCAUGGCCAUCCGUUCGUUCAACUGGCCAAUUGUAAUGAUCCUUGGUGGGCUCGUCGGAUCCUUUUACAUCUACGAGUACGCCGCUUGGACGACUGCCGCCCAAGAGCGAAGUUUCAAGAGCCAGUACUCCAGGCUCUUGCAACAACGUCUGCGGACGGAUGUGCAGCAAACUGUCAGCGGGUUUGAGCUCCAGUUGCGACAGCACCUGGCAAAAGUCCGAAAUUGCUGGGAAGCCCAGUCCAAUGAGACUCUGAAUGACCUGAACGUGAGGACCGCGGAGCUGACCAAACAAAUACAAUCGAUGGAGGUGUUGCAGCUGAGCCUAAAGAAGUUUCGGGACAAGGGACAGCUGCUGGCCAGUCGAUUGGGGGACUUUCAAGAGACCUUCUUGAGAAAGAGCUGACAAUUAUGAGAGGGUUACAGCAAAUUCUAAACGUUCUUAAUAGUUUUAAUUUCUUUGGUUACCUUCGUUUUGGUUUUGUUACUUAGAAAUUUGUAUGUAUUUGGUUGAAUAUUUUAAAAUAUUAAACGUUUGGUCUUUACUACUUUAAAGUUACUUCAUAGCACGAGAGUCUAAGCCAUGCAAAUUUAAGCAGUUUUUAUUGCUGUUGACUGUUUAAAUUGCUUGAUUAGAUUGUUUUUCCUUCCUCCUAAUGGCUCACACACACACAGUUUCUGACUGUGGAACAUGCACAUGCUGGGAAUAAGAACAAGAGAACCAGUUUUGGCCUUUUUUUUAUUGUAGAAGACAUCGGGCUUAAACAAAGCGUCCAUAUUGAAGCGGCCAAAAGCAAAAGUACAACAGAUACAAACAGGCCAAGCUGAACUCUAAGCUCCGCCCCUUGCUCACACACACACACACGCAAGCAGUGCGAGUGCGAGGGCGCAUGAACAAAGUCAGCUCAAAACGGGGAGGAAGUGCAUAUGGUUGUCUCACUCGCACCCAUUGUCUGAGUACGAGCUGAGAGCGCCAUUUCUCUUGCGGCACUGCCUACGUCGACGUCGACAGCGAUGGCGGAGCAGCGACCGCGGCAGAGGCUUGAGCAGCGUUUUAGAAUCGUAUUUGAAUUUUUAUAAACGCUCGAGAAACGUUGGACGCUUGACGCGCGCGCAGAAAAUCGCAUAAGGGUAAAAAUAUAUGUGGAUGGAAUAUAACGCCACCGAAUUCUCGUGGGCGUGGACAAGCAAAAAGGACUCUGCUCCGGCGAAAAUUCGUUAACAACACUGUGAGCCCGGCAAGGUGACGCGGCAUUCCGAAUCGACAGUUCAAAUCGCUCGUUCUGGCCAAGUCAAGUGUUUCGGCUCUUUUUAUAUGCCAUGCCAAUUAGAUGAUUUGGAAAAAUUCUGUUCGACUGUAAAAAAUAAUCACCAAACUGUGUCAAACAUUAACAAAUUUGUAAACUAUUACGCGUCUGCAUUUGUGCAAAAGAUAUACAAUAAAAAAAAAGUGAAAGUUACCAAAUCAAAAAUACAUACCAAGCUCCCCAUACUCAAGUGACCAUUGUGCGAUUCUAAAAAAAAAGCCCCCUACAAUAACCAAAGGCAUUGCAAAAUAACUUAAACCCAUUUUCCACACAUAUACAAUCGAAUUGUGCAAAGCACAAAAAAAUCAAAAAU